AUGGAGCAGGUGGAUGGUGAGCUUCGGUAUGGGACCCGAGCUGAGCUUGGUGCGGGAUCCAAAGGAGCCAAGGUAGAAGUGCGGUCUGGAGAGGACUGCUGCAAGAGCAGGGAGUCUGUCUUCCUGGAUGAGGACGACAGACGAACCGGCAGGGAAGAGGAGACUGAGGGUGGAAUAGAUGAACUUCAACUAGACAACAGCUUUGAUAACAGCUUCAACAUCAGCGAGAGCAUGAUCUACCUUAAGAAAGACUUUCUUGAGUCGCUUGACACUUACGUUGAUAUGGUUAAACAAAUUGAAAAAUGGGUAAACCGGAUCACCAUUGGCAUUGGACUUCCUUUGACUCUAAUAGCGAUAGUUGCAGUUUUUCUACAGGUGAAAAAGGAUCAGGGUGUCCCAGUCUACGUCAUCAACCUUCUCUUUUCUGAUCUCGUUCAGUUCUGCGGCAGAAUUAUAUUGUUUGUAUAUAGGCCUGAUAUCGGCAUUUGCAUCACAUAUUUAGGUCUAAUGACCAGUGUUGGAUUCAUGGUCUGUAUCUCCUUAGAAAGGUAUUUGGUCAUCGCCAAGCCACUGUGGUACAGAUUCAGGAGAAACAUCAAGACCUAUGUGGUGGUCUGUGUGGUGGUCUGGACUUUUCCUCUUAUUAUUCCUCUAACUCUGUUUCUGGCUACUGAUCCUGGGAUGUUUUUCACCAUCUUAGCAUAUUUGCUUCUUCUGCCCUUUCCCGUCUUCAUCUUCUGCUUGGUUGGGACUAUUAAAGCUAUGUCUGGAGCCCUCAGUGUCCCAGCAGAAGAAAAAAGACGAAUUGCAGCCAUGCAGGUUGUGGUGCUGCUAAUUUACACUCUGCUUUUCCUGCCCGUGAUUACCUUGUGCCUGAUGAUAAAAUCAAGUUUAAUUAUUCAUAAUGCGGCCUUAGUUUGUAUUUUUCUUUGUCCCCUUGCAGAAACAACUCUGUAUUUGUUAAGUCGGAAAAGCUUCCUGGAUAAGUUUCUGGCUUUACUCUGUUCUUGUGAAGCAUCAGACAAUCAGGAGAUGAGCAGCAAGGAUACUGAAAGCACGACUGCUCCACACACUGAGACUGUUUAGGGUUUAUUAUCUGGAGCCUCCACAACAAUCUACAGUAGCUGCUUUUUGGGUUGAUUAGCAACUGUUAUGGCCAAAAGCACUUUAUUUUAUUUCCUCCUGUCAUUCUGUUUAGUUGCAGGUAUUGGUGCAGUUCCAGAUUUCUGCUGCUGACUAUGUUUGGGUUUAGG